AUGUCGCGUCCACGUCCCGCUAAGGUGGACCAGACGCCCGAGUUUCGUACCUUGCUGCAAGGGUGCGAGCAGUACAGCUCGCCACCCGCGCCGCCAAAGCUGGAUUCUGUGCGUGAAAAGCAGCUCGCUGCAGCACAGGCGUGGCUUACAGAAGCCUACCGCAUUAAACGCCAUAUCUCCUCCCUGUAUACGUUCCUUUCCACGAUCCGGAGACCAUACCUUGAUAUCACGUCUACGUCCAAGCGUCUGGCGGACCGGGAUGACGCCAUGUCUAACCCCGUUGACGGCGACGAUGCACUUGCCAAGUGGCAGCACAUUACCUCCCUCUCGGAAUCGGAACGCGACGAGGUCGACUUUCAGGUAAAGCUCGUCGUAAAAAGGUGUCUUGAUCGCGUCCAGGAGCUGGAGCGCGGUGAGAAAUUGCGCAGAGAAGCGGCGGAGCGCACAUUCUCCAGCGCAAGCGUAUCGGCGUUUGCACCGCUGCGCCUCUUGAACGGCAACGCACAGGCGCGGCAAAAGGCCGCGUCCGACGCGGUUGGCAUGCAUCACAGCUCCAUUACGCAGUACCUUUCGGAGCAGCUUGCGCGUGUGUCGUCGAUCCAAGCCACCAUGCAGCAGCGCCGCGCCGAGGCGCAGCGCCAGCGCUACGAAAAAUUGUCUGACGGCGCCAAAAAUGCCGCGUGGAAUGCGGCGCGACAUACAGACGCGACGGCAGAAGUUGCGCUCCGCGGUACCGUGGGCGCGUUGGACGCGGGAAAAGACGAUCUCACGUACCAGCUAUCUCCUGAGCAGCUGCAAACGUUUGAGCAGGAGGCGUCGGCGUUGAUCCAGUCGCUGCAUUCGGACUUGCAGGCGGUGCAUCAUGCAGAGCAGCAGCUGCACGAUAUCUCGGAGCUGCAGACACGCAUUGUGCAACAUCUCCAAGAGCAGAACGAACACACAUCCAACUUGUUCGCCGAGACGGCCGUGCACGGAGACCAAGUUACGAGUGGAAACGUGCAGCUACGGCGUGCGAAAGAGCGAAACCGACGUGCGAAUCAAUUUCUGUCGCUUUUUUUCGUGCUCAGCGGGUUGGUAUUACUAUUAAUGCACUGGCUCGACUAG